AUGGAAACCUCGCCUCCGUUUAGUCAGUUUUUGCGUCCGGAUGACUUCAGCAUUUUCAAAGGAUCCGUUUUGGUAUUCGAAAAAGAAGCGGUACUUCGGUUGAAGAUUCUUCAAAAGCUUGAUAGAUGCUGGCGUGGCUCCUUAGAAACCGGAUUGCUUGAAAAUCAUGCCACCGUGGUCAAUAAUGUAGGGCUAACCUUUGCUGAGAACGGCUGUAACCAUAAUUGGCUAGUGGGGCUGCCGUUUUCCACUGAUCAGGAUACGCGAUCAUAUUGGCUAUUGCGGUUUGCAUUUGCCUCAGAUAAGGAUGCAUGGGCAUGGCAUAUGAAUUGCGAGAGAAUACUUGCCUUUUCCCGCUUUGUGCAUGCAUUUUUGGCCCCCGGAAGCCAUCCAAGACAUGUCCUCUCAUCUUUGGGAGAACCCUGUGCUCCGCUCAAUAUCAAGAGUAAGGGCGAAGGAACCAGCUGUCUUCUCUCGUCCUAUCUGUAUAUGGUGUCUGAUUUACUUAUCUCUGACGAAAAUGGCCCUGUCCUUUUUACCUUAGACUCUAUUUCUAGAUUGCCUGCCACAGGGCCUACCAAUUUAACUAACGAUUCUGACAGGGAGGCUCUUCGAUACAUCAAAGCAAUGUGCCUAGGACUAAUACAAGAAAUUGAGUAUGUCGAACUAUCUCUCUCCACGUUUUACCUCACACGUCGCGAAAAGUUUUCAGCAUGUAUUGAGCUCGCCGCAAAACGUGUGCCAUGCGUGGCGGGGAUGUUUCUAUUGGCUGCAGAAGAUUUAAUUUCACUCUUGCUGAUCAAAUUUACAGCCAUUUACAAGGCGUCUCAGAGUAUCUGUGCCUCUGUCUCAGACAUCCGGAUACCGCAAUUUGCAGAGCUUCUAGAGAUCCUUAGGCAAACGCGCAUAGACUCUAAUAGCUUGGAGGCAAAGGUUCAGCUGGAUGAAGAUAGGAAGCUCAGUCGGAAAAAUAUCGACGCAGCCAUUCGUGCUGGGUGUAUCCCCCCGUGCAUGUUACACUGCAUCAAUGGUUUGAAGGCAAACAACAAGCUUAAGUACCAAGCCCGUCUGCAACUGACCAGCUUUUUUAACAGCUGUGGAAUGUCAUGCGAAGACGACCUUGAAUAUCAGAAGUCGUUUUACACACGAGUGAUUCCUGAGGAGAAGUUUACCAGGGAGUACGCAUAUAAUAUCAAACACAUCCACGGUAAGGUUGGCGGGCGUAAGCCAGCUAUGUGUCGUGGAUGUAAUACUAUUGGAACCCUUGUUCCAACUGGAGAUAGGUCCGGGCAGCAAUUAGAAGUACACGGCUGUCCCUUUGUGCAUAUGUAUGACAAGAAUACUGGAGAUCCUACCCGACUUAAAACGUUUCUACAGAAUAAUUAUAGAGUGACAGCUUAUGAACGGGACAUAGAGGACAAGAUCCUCUGUGCUGUUAGCAAUCACCAAGACAAGGGAUGGCUGGGGUACAUAACGGCACCUCUGAGGGAAGGAGAACCCAAGGUGGCAUGUAACCACUUGUUUGAAUUAGUCCACGGGGAUGUCCGGAUUGAUCUGAUGCACCCAGUCAAAUUUUUCAAGGAAAGCACAAAUAUCGUGGCCCAAAGGCCUAUUGAGUAA